UGUUUUGUUUUGACAUUUUCAAGUUUGUUUUUAGAAGCGUUCGCUUUUGAACGUCAUUUAUUAAUUUUGUUUGUCGCGAAUGAAUAAUUUUCGUUUGAUUUUUGCCCAUGUAAAAUGGAUUUUGAUUUAAAAGAAAUAAAAGAGUAUCAAAAAGUAUUGUUGGCUGAAGAAAAAAAGAGGUUAGGAUUAUCGACCGUUGAAAAUCAGUUUAAUCCAAGUGAAGAUCCAAAUGUGCCACCAGCCAAAAAUAUAAAUGAAACCGACAGAAAUGGGGGUAUAAAUGAAUUAAUUUUAUCACCAAAUGUUAAAAAGCAGAACGUUGAGGUAGUCGAAAGGCUUGAUUUAAGUUGCAAAGAUGGCUCGUUAGACGAAAGGAAACAAUCGUUUAUUGAUAGAAUUAUUCAUUCUGAAAAUCCCUUAUCUUUUAGAUCGGAUGAUAGCAAUAAAGGUGCGAUGUUUCGUUGGGGUGAAUACAGCCCCAACAAUCCACAAUUACGCGUAACGACGGCACCUUACUUAGGAUUCGGAGAGCACGAACAAAGAAAGUUACUUUUGCAACAACAACGACAGGCAGAUUAUAAAGAACACUUAAAUAACCAAAAUGAAAAUUUAAAAAAUUCGUCGAAACGUUUAUUGUAUGAAAGUAAACUUAUUUCAUCCGGGCAAACGAAAUCUGUACAAACAGAUAUUCAAGAUAUUAAUAAUUCAUUGUUUUCGUAUAGUUGUGAAUCGAGUCAGGCUUCCAAAGAAUGUACUCCUUCUGACAGCAAUCAUUCUGAUAAAGAAAACCACCAAUUGUAUGGUAAUGCUAAUGAACAACGAAUAGAUCAGAGACUGACAAGUGAUCAAAAUUUGGAGUUGCAAGCAGCAAAUAUGGAUAAACCAAGAAGUAUUUUAUCAAAUAGAAGAACUCAAACACCCACAGAUCAUUUAUUAUCUGAUUAUAAUCAUGGGUAUGGAACAAGUUGCUUAGAUGGAUUUAGUUACCAUGAUAGGAUUGACGUUGCUCAACGUGAGCGUUUAAAACGUGAGGCUUACCAACAAGAGCUCCGAAUGCAAAUAGAGGAGAAAAGGAGAUUGGUCGAACUUCGUGAGGAACAGGAAAGGAUCGAACAAGAACGUGAAAAUCGAAGGUUAGAACAACAAUUAAUUCGGAUGCAAGAGGAACAAAUCAGAGAGGAACAGAUACGUGCAAUACGAGAUGAACAGUCUCGAAGAACUACAGAUGAGUUCCUACGUCGCCAACAAGACCUCCAGCUGCGUUCGAGUUUUCGCAAACGUUACGAGUCCGAGAGCAGCCCACUAAGUCUUCGAAACACCAACGUUGCCUCAAAACUGUCCCAUUAUUCUCCGCCGGUAUCCCGUCGUAGUCAACAUCACUCGUAUACCCUUCCAUCCUCGUCAUCCUCCUAUCCAGGAACCUCACCCAGGUACGGUACGUUACCAUCGCGUUACGAAUCGAUGGCAGCGCGUCGCGACGCCCUUAAUCGUAUGGACCUUCUCGGUGCUUAUCACGAUCCGAUCAAUAAUUGCGCCGUCGCCACCAAUUCCGAUUAUAGUAGAUUUAGUCGUUUCGAUUCGUUGAGUAGAAUAGAUGCGUUAAAACACCAGGACAUGUUGAAUAGGUUGGAAACGUUGAGCGUUGGCGAUGCGUUUGGUCGUGAUGUACAGCAGAGGAGGCAUAGUGCCACGCAACAAGAUCUAAGCGCGAUCCGUAAGAGUCCAAAAAUGCAGCGCAGGAGUAGUUCUAGUCGAUUGGAUGAUCCACUGCCCACGCCCGUACUUAAAGCGCACUCACCCGUCGCAAGGGAACUUAAAAACUCUAUCGCCGUUAAUUCUUCUAGUAGACCAGACGUUUUUAGACGUUAUGAAGAUAAAUGGAAUAAAGGUUUAGUGAAUCACGGUGAUUCUUAUACGGACGGUCACAGUAGAAGCAUCCUAACGCAGCUUGGUACCAUGCGCAUGCAGCUGCAGAAGGAGCAGCUAAGAAUGGACGAAACGUUACGCCAGCGCAGUUCACAAUCUAAGGCUGUUAACUUCCAUUAAAAAGAUACCAACAACCUGUUCACAAGUUCAAAUAGUUUUUAUAUAUAAUAUUGUUAGAUACGUAUUUAUAUUUCUGAAAUAGUCUAUACUAAUUAUGUUGAGGAAAUAUAUUGCUAACAUUCAAAAA